AUUCAUUUAAACCGUAGGAUUACAACGAUCAAUCUCCAGAUCGCAGUCUGACCUAAACUCUAAUGCGCUAAAUUAUUCCCCCCAUUCCUCCUCACUGUUUCGUUGAGACUGAUUCAUUUCAGAAUUCUUAAUUCACACUCCUCUUUCCUCUCUCUCCUUCCUGGAUAGACGAGAUUGCUAUUCAAAGGAGAGAAUAAGGCAUGGCGAGUCAACUCGGAGAUUGCUCGACUCCGAGUCUUGCACGAGUCUGAAGCUGAUCAUCGAGGCCGUAAAUUGCAGUAUAAGGGUUUUGGAUCUGGGAUUAUUCAAUUUGCAAUGGGUGAUGAGACUUCUGACACUAUGAAUCUUGAUUUGAAUUUGGGGCCUGGUCCUGAGGCACGGUCAGUAUCUGUACCAAGUGAAUCAGUGAAUUUGGAAGAGUGGAUUGAUGACCCUUUGGAGAGAAUUAGGGAGGCUGUUAGAAUUAAUAGGGCUCAACAGCGCUGGAGAUGGCGUCAGCUUCAAAUUCCUCGUGAAACGCAUCCCCUUUCUGUAGAAUUGAACCAAUUACUAGGAAAUUCUGACAGUGUGAGCACUUUACAAGCUGGUGAGGGUAGUGUUACUGCUGAAGAAAGAAUAAAUGAGGUGCCUAAAACCUGUGAAAAUAACAAUGGAUUUUUGGAAGAUGAAGUGUCAGAGAAAAAGGAUGAUGUUGAGAAUGGAAGUGAUAGUGAUGGGAGCUUCUUUGAUUGUAAUAUUUGUCUGGAUUUGGCUACUGAUCCAGUUGUUACUUGUUGUGGUCAUUUGUUCUGUUGGCCAUGCCUGUACAGAUGGCUACAUCUGCAUUCAGAUGCAAAUGAAUGUCCAGUUUGCAAGGGAGAGGUAACUGUUAAGAAUGUGACCCCUAUUUAUGGCCGUGGGAAUAAUACCCGUGAGCCAGAGGAAGAUUCAAGUCUUGAAAUCCCUGUUAGGCCACGUGCAAGGCGGGUUGAGAGUUGGAGGCAGUCUAUUCAGAGGAAUUCUUUUAGUUUCCCAAUGGAGGAAAUGAUUCGGCGUCUUGGAAGCAGAUUUGAUUUGACUAGGGAUUUGAAUCCAGUGCAGGAUUCAAAUGGCAGUCGUGAAAUUGGAGAUAGGACUUCCUUUCUGAGCAGGAUUAUGACACUUAGAGGAAUGCGCACUGAGCAAAGUCCAAUUGCACCUAUUGAUGACAUAGUGGAUUUAACACAGAGUGGCACAAGUAGCCCUGAUGCAAGGUCAGCCCGCCGGCUUCAUUCGCUGUUACUUCGAAGAUCACAAUCACACUCUCAAAGAUUGUCAGCGCACACUUCAAAUUCUUCUGCUUUGAAUUCUAAUGAAAGGUUAAUUGAGGCAUUUUUGCCUAACCAUCCUUUAGGAAGGAAUCAGGAGCAGCCACAACCGGUUGAUGAUACAGAUUCAUUCUCAAGCAUUGCAGCAGUUAUAAACUCGGAAUCUCAAAUUGACACUGCAGCGGAAAUUGAUUCCAUGGGCUCCCUUUCAACUUCUUCAAGAAGAAGAAAUGAUACUGCAAGAGUCUCAGAUGUGGACACUGGCGACUCUCGUGCACCUAGAAGGAGACGAUUCAACUAGGAAGAGAUCGUCUAGUUAUGAUUAUGUCUUGGAACUUGCUCAAGGUAUGUCAACACAUAUGUAAGUGCUGCCUGCAUUUAUAGUUCUUUCACUUUACAAAGUUUUCACCUCCUGCCAAUGUUGUUGAUUUUCAUGAGGUGGUUGUAUAACUUCCGGCCCUUAUCUACUGCCAAUGUGUUUUGAGAUAUACUGCAUUAAGGGGCAUGUACUCUGAAUUUGUAUGGAGAGUUAAAUUUAUAGAACAAGUAGGCAAUUACCUUCCUCUGUACAUAAAACUUUCAAACUUCAUAGUUUUGGGAAAAUUGCUAAAUUCUUGCGAA